AAUGAAGAUACAGAGUGGAAUGAAAUUUUAAGAGAUUUUGGCAUUCUUCCUCCAAAAGAAGAGCCAAAAGAUGAAAUUGAAGAAAUGGUUUUACAUUUGCAGAAGGAAGCAAUGGUUAAACCAUAUGAAAAGAUGACUCUUGCACAGUUGAAGGAAGCAGAAGAUGAAUUUGAUGAUGAAGAUUUGAAAGCCAUUGAAAUAUAUAGAGAAAAGCGGUUACAGGAAUGGAAAGCUCUUAAGAAAAAACAAAAAUUUGGGGAAUUAAGAGAAAUUUCUGGAAAUCAGUAUGUGAAUGAAGUCACAAAUGCAGAAAAAGAUGUGUGGGUUAUAAUUCAUCUAUACAGAUCAAGUAUCCCAAUGUGUUUGUUGGUUAACCAGCAUCUUAGUCUUCUAGCAAGAAAGUUUCCUGAAACUAAAUUUCUUAAAGCCAUCGUGAACAGCUGUAUUCAACACUACCAUGACAAUUGUUUACCAACAAUUUUUGUUUAUAAAAAUGGUCAGAUAGAAGGCAAAUUCAUUGGAAUUAUAGAAUGUGGAGGGCUAAAUCUCAAGCUAGAAGAACUUGAAUGGAAGCUAGGAGAAGUUGGAGCAAUACAGACUGAUUUGGAAGAAAAUCCCAAAAAAGGCACUGUGGAUGUGAUGGUAUCUUCAAUUAGAAACACUUCUAUUUAUGACGACACUAGUAGUUCAAACAGUGAUAAUGAUGAUACCAAGUAGAAAUACUUAAUAAAUAGCUUUAAGGUGUUAGUAUAUGGAAUACUUUAUUUGUCACUGCCUUUAUAGUCAGAGAUGAGAAAAUUUAUACAUAGAUCUAUUUUAUUUCGUUUUUAUAUUAGAAUUAUAGCUUAUAUGUCAUUAUAAAAACUUACAGCUGUUUCUGAAUAUUCAUUGCCUCCGACAAAACCGGAAUUUGUACUGAACUCCCUUAAGUUUUUCUGUAGUUUAUCCUUUUUCUGAUCCUUGUUGGACAAAAACGAACAUAUUCCAAGUCCUCUGUGUGGCCUGCUCACUUCCAAAGAGGCCUAUGAAUGAAAAUGAUGAAA